GAUCUCGGGGCAAUACGAGUAACCGAGGAGGACCUAAUAGCUCUAGAAAGCGCAAUCAGUCGGAAAUAUUCUAUAUACACUUUUAACGUAGUACGUACUACUACGUUUCUCGCUAAAGAUCUUAUAAAUAACGAGCUUUAUAGAUAUGAUUUUAUCCUAGUAACUAUAGAGGCGUAUAAUUCUAAGGGAAUUAUUCUAGCUUAUAAUAAGCCGUUCCUUAAAGUUAUUAUCUAUUAUUCUCUCUUAGACUGUCUUUCUAUCGAGUUAUAUAUUAGCACUCUAUAUAUAUCCUUUAGUAGUAGAGGUAAAGAAACCAGCGAAUCUGCCUCGGUUAUUUUACUAGAUACGCUCUUAUUAAGGGUCCGACGCGCUCGAUUUCACGAUAAACUCCCCGUACUACUUAACCUAGCCCGCGAACUAGCCUCUAAAAUAACGGAAGAAUGCUCGAAAGCCGACCUCGACGGACUUUAG